AUGUCCAAGACUGUCGCCGAACUCACGACCGUCGAGUCCGUCGGCUCUUCCUUCCCUGACGUGCUUGAAGGCGUCCCGGAUGUGCGACCAGUCGAGCUUGAGCGAAUACAGAAGGACGAGACGAAUCCGGACGGCUCGCCCAAGAAAGUCUCCGAAAUGCCCUUCAACCUGUCCAACCUCCGCAAGCACCUCUCCCAGAUCACCCUCGCCCGCCGCGUCCUGCCCGAAGACCUUGUCGCCCGUCAGAAGCUCAUCGAGGAUUCCGUCUACGACGUCGCAAGAGAGCGGCUUCAGCACGAGUACGAGCAGAUGAAGAACCUCGAGGCCGGCAAGGGCCAGGGGUUGAAGGACAAGCGCAUCCAGCGCUGGAUGUGGGAGUGGCACAUGAAGCUGCGCGAGCGCAUAGGCACGGAGAUCAAGAACAUCACCGCCUUCGAGAAGAAAAACUACUCGUACGGCCGGCCUAAGGCGCACCUCAAGUACCAGGCCGAGAUGAUCUCCCCCUACCUCGCCCUGGUCAACGCCGAGCGCCUUUCCCUGCUCACCAUCAUGGAGCUGAUGACGCUGCACGACACGGGCGGCGUCACGGACGGCAUGAAGACCGCGCGCGCCGUCAUCGCGGUCGGCAAGGCCGUCGAGGCGGAGUACAAGGCGCAGAUGUGCAAGCGGAACCACAUUGCGGUGCCGUCCAGCACGCGCUCGUCGGAUGUCUCAGUCUUCUCCAACCUGGGGUACUCGAACUUGCAGGAGCGCCGCGUCGCUGCUGCGCGCCUGAUGGAGGAUGGUGAGGCGUGGACAGCUCCGUGGUCGGUGCACACUCGCGCGCGGGUUGGUGGAGUCUUGAUUGACUGCCUGAUGGACACGGCGAAGGUGCAGCGGACGGCGGUGGACAAGAAUGACGGCAAAAUCCUCACUGAGGAGCAACCGGCUUUCUACCACAGCUACGAGUAUGUGCAGGGCCAGCGGCUAGGCGUCAUCAAGCUCAACCAGGAGGUCGCGGCGCAUAUGGCGAACGAGUGGACUAUCGACACCGUGCACCCGCGUCAUCUGCCCAUGUUGGUCAAGCCGAAGCCAUGGCUCAAUUACAACGAUGGCGGGUACUUGUACCACAAGACGUACGCCAUGCGGUUCAAGGGAUCGCGUGAACAGCAGGCAUACCUCAAGCAUGCAUCUGACGCUGGUCAGUGCGAGCUAGUGUACGCCGGCUUGGACGUCUUGGGCAGCACGCCUUGGAAGAUCAACCGCAAGAUCUUCGACGUUGUCCUCGAGGUCUGGAAUCGCGGCGACCGCUGGGGGAAGCUGCCGCCCGCCACCUUCGAUGAGCCCGAGCCUGAGGCACUAUCGCCUGAUGCGGACUCGCGGAAGCGCGCAGACUGGUCGCAUGCGAUGAAGCUCUACAACCAGGCGAAGCAGUCAAACCACAGUCACAGGUGUAGUGUGAACUACAAGAUUGAGAUCGCUCGGACAUUCCUCGGCGAGACCUUCUACCAGCCCCACAACCUCGACUUCCGUGGCCGCGCAUACCCCGUCCCCCCUCACUUGAAUCACAUCGGCGAUGACUUGUCCCGCGGGUUGCUCAUGUUCGCGGAGAAGAAGCCCCUCGGCGAGCGCGGCUUCCGCUGGCUCAAGAUCCACAUCGCCAACUUGUACGGCUUCGACAAGGCUUCCUUCGACGAGCGCGUGCAAUGGGUCGAGGACCGCCUUGCGGACGUCUACGACUCGGCAAACAACCCCAUCAAUGGCAAGCGCUGGUGGCUCGAGGCCGAUGACCCCUGGCAAUGUCUCGCUGCGUCCAUGGAGCUUCGCGACGCGAUCGAAAGUGGAAACCCCCUGGCGUUCGAGAGCUCGCUGCCGGUGCAUCAGGACGGGACGUGUAACGGUUUGCAGCACUAUGCUGCGCUCGGCGGUGAUCCCGAGGGUGCGGCACAGGUCAACUUGCAGAAGGCGGACCGUCCGUCGGAUGUGUACACGUACGUCGGGCGCAUGGUCGAGCGCAUUAUGGAGGAGGACGAGAAGAAAGGGGACCCGAUGGCGAUAUUGCUGAAGGGCAAGAUCUCGCGUAAGGUCGUGAAGCAGACGGUCAUGACGACGGUGUAUGGCGUCACGUUCAUUGGUGCGCGCGACCAGAUUGAGCGCCAGCUGCGCGACCGUAAGGAUAUCCCUCCGGAGCAUUGCUGGGGCGCGGCUACGUAUCUGGCUCGCAAGGUCCUCGCCUGCAUUGGUGACCUGUUCUACGGCGCGAAGCACAUCAUGACCUGGCUCAACCUCUGCGCACGCCUCAUCGCCAAGUCCAUCCCAAUGGACCGCCUUCAGGAGAUGAUCGUUGCGGAGAAUGAGCAGGCAAAGGCGAAGCAGGACAAGCGGAAGCGGAAGGACCUGGGCAGCAAGCACAAGGUUCUCAAGCGCGAGCAGAUGACCAGCGUGGUGUGGACAACGCCCAUGGGCCUUCCGAUCGCGCAGCCGUACCGCAAGGCGACACGCAAGCAGGUCAAGACAGCGCUGCAGACGGUGCUCAUCACGGACCCGAACAGCUUGGCCGAAGUUAACUCGAGCAAGCAGGCCACCGCCUUCCCGCCCAACUUCAUCCACAGCCUCGACGCCACGCACAUGAUGCUCACCGCGCUUGAGUGCCGGCAACAGGGGCUCACGUUCGCGUCCGUGCACGACUCGUACUGGACGCACGCGUGCAGCAUCGACCAGAUGUCGGGCAUCAUCCGCGACACGUUCAUCGCGCUGCAUUCGUCCGACGUGCUGAUGCGCCUGCACAAGGAGUUCCUGACACGGUACGCGAACUACAAGAUCCCGCUGAUCAGCCUCGGCGCGCCCAAAUUCAUGCGCGACCUCCGCGCGGCGGGCGCGCGCAUCUACUGCACGCCCGAGCAGGCGGAGAAGCUGCAGGGCAUCCGCGAGCUGCUCGAGGUCUCGGAGACGGCGACGCCGACCGUGGACGAGAGCAAGGCGCAGGACACGGUGCAGUCGCUGCUCGGCAAGGACGCGGCGGAGCUCGACGACAAGGCGCGCCUGAAGAAGCUCGCGGACAUGCUGAACGGGGAGCCGGCGAAGACGACGAAGAAGGGGGCGGAGGACGAGGACGAUGCGGAGGUGGAGGAUCCGGCGGAGGACGUCAGCUCGGUGGACAAGCAGGCGAUGGUCGACUUGUUGGGCAAGUUCGUGAACUUGACCGAUAUCUUGCCGCCGCUACCCCCCAAGGGUACUUUCCGCGUUGAGGACAUCAAGGAGUCGCCGUACUUCUUUUCAUAG